AUGGUGGGGCUUGCGACGUGGGAGAUGAGCGGGAUUGGGGGCGAGAGGCGGGAAGGCACGGGUGGGGGCAAGGGGAACGAAGGUGUGGGGGGAAGGGAACCUGAGGGCUUGGAAGGUUAGAGGUGGUGUUGGAAAUUCUGGGGCCCUCCUGCUGCGAAGCGAGUCCCCAUCCUAGAGCAGGAGUUUGUUGUUCAGUUUGUGGGACUGGGGAUAGAAGCUUGGGGGAGUGGAGUUCAGAUGCUGACCACUACUCUCUUCCCUGAGCAGUGUGACUUCACCGAGGACCAGACUGCAGAAUUCAAGGAGGCCUUCCAGCUGUUUGACCGAACAGGUGAUGGCAAGAUCCUGUACAGCCAGUGUGGGGAUGUGAUGAGGGCCCUGGGCCAGAACCCCACCAACGCCGAGGUGCUCAAGGUCCUGGGGAACCCCAAGAGUGACGAGAUGAAUGUGAAGGUGCUGGACUUCGAGCACUUUCUGCCCAUGCUGCAGACUGUGGCCAAGAACAAGGACCAAGGGACCUAUGAGGAUUAUGUGGAAGGCCUUCGGGUGUUUGACAAGGAAGGGAAUGGCACUGUCAUGGGCGCUGAAAUCCGGCAUGUUCUUGUCACACUGGGCGAGAAGAUGACAGAGGAAGAAGUCGAGAUGCUGGUGGCAGGGCAUGAGGACAGCAAUGGUUGUAUCAACUAUGAAGAACUCGUCCGUAUGGUGCUGAAUGGCUGAGGACGCUCCCAGUAACCCCAGAACCCGUGCCUUUCCCUGUGUGAGACUGUAUCUAGUCUGAAGGUGUCCUAGGCUCUCUGGUCACAGCACUUUUCCCAUCUUAUCUCUUUGGGACAAUGUUUGCCAUCAGCAUUCACCAAAUAAACUUGCUUUCCGUGCCCCUAA